AUGAUGAACAGCGUCUCUUAUGUCGAGAGUGCAGCAGUUCGUAUCACCACAGUGAAGUCAGGAUCUACUACUGUUGCUUCAAAAUCAACUUCCUCCUUAAAAACAACAACCACCACUUUGUCAUCAUCCACUAGCUCUGGUACAAAUACGAUUUCAACUAAACUGACUUCAUCCGUUAAAACAGUCGCAUCAACAACAACAACAUUCAGUACGACUUCCUCUGCUACAUCAAGCUCAAUAGUGGUUGGCUGUUAUGCUGAUUUCUAUCCCAGUUCGAGAGCAAUGUCUGAUGCUUCAACUACUUCAACUUCCAACACUCCUUCCACGUGUGCAGCAUUCUGUACUUCUCUAGGCAUUCCAUACUCUGGAACUGAAUAUGCCAAUGAAUGUUAUUGCUCAUCAACAGCACCUACAACCUUAUCAACUGCCUGUACGAUGGCUUGUGCUGGUGAUUCAACACAAAUUUGCGGAGGAGCAAACGCUUUAUCUGUUGUCUAUACUACUAUUCCAACUUUACCAGCUACAAACAGUACAAAACGUGGUCUCUGUUGGCCAUGGAAUAAUCCAGCAUCGUCAUUUGCAUUCUUUUCACCCAUUGCUAUACCAUGGCUCUAUAACUGGGAAUUGUGGGAUCCACGAGCAGCGGGCACUCAUUCAACAGCUGAAUACGUACCAAUGUGUAGAACACAGGCAGAAGCAUCUCAAGUUCCAGCAUAUUUCUCUAGUUGUUAUGCCAAAUAUCUUCUAGGAUUCAAUGAACCAGAUUUACCGGCAGCUAAUGGUGAAAACUAUCUUUCGCCGAACAAUGCAUCCGUUCUUUGGAAACAGUACAUUCAACCUGUGAAAACAUCGUGUGGAACGGCACUGGGAGCACCAGCUGUAACGAAUGGAGUCGGUUCUGGAUGGGGAACUGAUUGGCUUCGUCAGUUUUUUGGUAACUGUACAUCUCCUUCUUGUUCAUUUGAUUUUAUCCCAUUUCAUUGGUAUGGUACUUCAUUAUCGGAUUUUGAAACAUACGUUACUAACUUUCAUUCACUUUUUCCAACUUAUCCUUUGUGGAUUACUGAAUGGCAAUUUACCGGCAUUUCAAGUACAGCAACAACCUAUCUAGGAAAGCAAGCUUUGCAAUGGCUUGAUGCACAAAAUUAUGUAGUAAGAUAUGCAAUGUUUGGACCGAUGAAUUCAGCUAAUAUGGCUGGUAUUACAAAUGGUGCAAUGAUUACAGACGAUCUUAGUGGACUUACGAAUGUUGGAAAGAUCUAUGCUGGACUCGUGUAA